CUGGGCCCCGCCCUGUCCAGAUGCCCCGGGGCUGCCCGGAGCCCGGCUGCGUCCCGCGGGGCGGGGGGGGGCGGACGCCUGGGCUCUCUCCCCGCCCUGGGCGGGGCCCGGCGCCUCCGGGCAGCGUCGGGAUCUGCCGAGACCUGCCGGGGCGGCCCCGUGGGAAGGGGGAAACUGAGGCAGGGAUCGCUGGAGCCUGGGCGUCCGUCCGGGCCCCACGCCGCGCCCGCUCCCUCCCCCUCCCCCUCCCCCUCCCGCGCUGGAGGGGUCCGGCGCCCGCGGCGCGCAGCGGUUGCUCAACGCGAGACACUCCCGAGCGGCGGCUGGGAGCUAUGAAGCUGCAGGACCCCAAGCCUAGCCCCCGCUGUACCCAGGAGCUGGUUCCCCACAAGGGCAGGGCAACUGCCAUGGCCCCUCUACUGCGGCCCCAGCCCGAGGGCGAGUCCCUGUCUUCCGAUGAGGCCAGCAGCACCGAUGGCCCCCAGGCCAAGAGCUCAGAGCUGGACCUGCGGAUCUCAGACCUGCAGCACCAGGCACAGGGGAUGAGCCUGGAGGAGGGGUGUCUUCGUCCAGACCAGGAUCAUCUCCGGCACCUCCGGCACGUCCUGGCUGAGACAGAGCAGCGGAGCUGGGCCCAGCACCUGGAGGACCAAGCCCGCCUGCAGGCCGAGCACCAGGGGGUGGAGGAGCUGCGCCAGCGGCUGCAGGAGGCCCAGACGCGCCUGGAGCAGGAACCCGAGAGCCUGCGAGAGCGCGGGGAGAGCCAGGUCCGGGAGGCCUCGGAGCUGCUGGAGACGGCUCUGAAGCGCUUUGAGGACCUGGAGUUCCAGCAGCUGGAGCGUGAGAGCCGGCGCGAGGAGGAGCGGGAGGCAGCCAGUGCGGCCUUGGCCUGUGAGAUCGCCCGGCUCCAGCGCACGAGGACAAUGCAGCAGCAGGAGCAGAAGGAAAAGCCUGAGGGACGCAGGAUGGAGAAGACCCAGCUGCUGCCCCCAGGGGAUUCCCCCAGGAUUGGGACCGGGGACCCCUCCAGCGACACCACCCAGGAGCUCACCAAGCUCAUGUUCACGCAGCGCACAGACCGGCGUCUCAUCGUGCUCGGUGCGGGGCCCCUGUUCACUGUCCGCAGCUCCGUCCAGGGCUCCAUUGGACUCCAGAGGUCCGGGAGCCUCCCCCGUCGCCGUGGAGACCGGCCAUCCCCCCGCGUCGCCCAGCGCCCCCUUUCUCUCCAUGGCAAUGAAGUGUUGAACCCAGGUGUCCGGGUCUUGCAAAGCGAGGGAGGGGCUAAUGACGGGGGCGGCCGGAGGACUGACUUGGCCCCUUACAGCAGUCUGGAAUCGUGCGUGGCUCAAUUGGCCGAGAUGGAGCGAAGGGUCCAGGAAGCCAUGGCUGAGCGCGAGAGGCUGCUGCAGGCCCGGGAAGCCAAGAAAGCUGCCCAGCAGGCCUCAAAACCCCCAGAGCUCCCGCCCCCUGCCAAGGGUGUUGCACCCCUGGAUCUGCGGCGCCACCUAGAGGCCUUGGGGCACAGCGUGGAGACAUGUGGAGACGUGCGGGUCUCAAGCCGAGCUUGCAAGGGCUUCCUGGUGAAGAUGGGCGGACGCGUGAAGACCUGGCGCCGGCGCUGGUUCUGCUUCGACCGCCACAAGCGCCUGCUGGCAUACUAUGCUGACAAGGAGGAGACAAAGCUGAAAGGCGUCAUCUACUUCCAAGCCAUCGAGGAGGUUUAUUACGACCAUCUUCGCAGCGCCUGGAAGAGCCCCAACCCGGCCCUGACCUUCUGCGUGAAGACCUACGACCGCCUCUUCUGCCUGGUGGCCCCCAGCGCCGAGGCCAUGCGCAUCUGGAUAGACGCCAUCGUCACGGCCGCCGAGGAGAAUGCCCGCUACUGACCCUGCCCCUGGCCGUGGCCGUGGCCCUGCCCCCAGAUGUGGAACCCUGGCCUUGGCUCCACCCACUAAGGGAGGCAGAGGAAGCUGGAGUGUUGACAUCUCCUCCAAGGGCGAGGCUCAUUGGAGUCUCCAAGGGAGGGGGAGAGGCUAGAAACUUGGCCCCACCCUUGCUUGACUGCUGGUGGCAGAGAGGACACAAGGAGCUGAGUUGUUGAGUGUCUUCUCAGCCUGUUGCACCAAUGGGAGGUGGGCUGGGUCCAGUCGGAGUGGAGUACCAAUGAGGAUGGAUUGGACCAGUCAGAAGAGGUGGAAAGAGCUGGAUCAAUCCAUGUACGAGCCAAGUGUUUCCCACCACUUGUCUUCUAGCUGGGUGUGAAAUCUGACCAAGGAGGAGACCUGUCCUUACCGACCAAUAGCAGAGCAGCUUGUGGGACUCUUCCUACCCAAUUAGAGAAAGUGUGGAGGGAUUCCUGGCCAAUGGGAAGAUAGAAGAACAGGCUCUGCCAGUCAGCACCAACCUGGACUUUUCUCCUUUCCAAGUAGAGGGGAUGCUUUGCCCCAGGAGCCAGGGCGGCAUCCCCUGCUGCAGUAAUUCCCAAUUGUGUAUACCAUGUCUAUCGGCCCCUGCUCCCGUUUAUUGGGGUGGGGGCAGGUCCCUCUGUCCCGGGCAUGGUGCCCGCUGGGGGCCCUGGGUAUUUAUUACAGAGGUAACAGGGA